CUCCUGGUCACAUGACAGUAACUUUACCAGUUACUCCAAGGCUCCAAACACUCUCCAAAUCAUUUUCAGGAUUUCCUGACUUCAAAUCAUGCAGGAUAAAUGCAGAGGUUCUUUUAUGUUUUAAGCUCUUCAACCUUCCAUCGGACAUUUCAAGUUCCUAUGAACUUUCAAGCUUAUUCAAACCAAGCACAUGUAUAACUUAUAAAACAUCACCCACAUUUCAUAGCACCUCUUUUUCCUUUUUAAUAUCUUUCAUUCUUCUGAUUUAUAAUCUCCCUUUUACCUUGAACUGAACUUUCACCUUCUGUUAGCUUUCCACAAAAGAAAAAGAAAUUUGGUUUUGCCAAAUUUAGUAAACCAACUAUUGGAUAUCCGUCCUGAAAAUCCUCCUAAUUACUCGACCUUCAUUCUUUUUUCUAUUUUUAGUAAGCUCUUAGUAACUAUAUAUAGCUCCACUAACAUCACUUGGCUACUCAAAUCUUCCUUUCCGUUUUAAAAACUAUAGCACUAUAAACAUUGUUCUAACAAAUUCAUUAAUGGCUUAUUUUAGUAGAGCAAUUUGCUCAUUCUUUUCCUUGCUCUGCCUCUUAGCAAUUGUCACAGAAGCUAGGAAUUUAGAAACUACCAACAAUAAAGUAGGGUUUGUUAGAACAAGAGGUGCUCAUUUUGUACUAGAUGGAUCACCAUUUCUGUUCAAUGGUUUCAACUCUUAUUGGCUGAUGCAUGUUGCUGCUGAUCCAAUUCAGAGGUACAAAGUAUCUGAGGUUUUCAAGGAAGCCUCUGCUGCCAGCCUUUCUGUAUGCAGGACUUGGGCUUUUAGCGAUGGUGGUGAUGCAGCAUUGCAAAUUUCUCCGGGUGUCUAUGAUGAACGUGCUUUUCAGGGAUUGGAUUUUGUAAUCUCAGAAGCAAGAAAGUAUGGGAUACGUUUAAUAUUGAGCUUUGUGAAUAACUACAAAGAUUUUGGAGGAAGAAACCAAUAUGCUCAAUGGGCAAGAAAUGCAGGAAUUCAAACUAUUAACAGUGAAGAUGAUUUUUAUAUUCAUCCAGUUCUUAAAGAAUAUUACAAGAAUCAUGUUAAGAAAAUAGUGACAAGGGUCAACACAAUGACUGGAAUAGCAUACAGGGAUGACUCCACAAUAAUGGCAUGGGAACUUAUGAAUGAGCCUCGCUGCAAUGUUGACUAUUCUGGAAAAACAGUUAAUGGAUGGGUUCAAGAGAUGGCAAGCUUUGUGAAAUCACUAGACAAAAAGCACUUGUUGGAGAUAGGAAUGGAAGGAUUUUAUGGCGAUUCAAUGCCCGAAAAGAAGCAAGUUAAUCCUGGUUUCCAAGUUGGAACAGAUUUCAUCAGUAGUCAUCUUGUUAAGGAGAUUGAUUUUGCCACCAUACAUGCAUACACUGACCAAUGGUUGUCUGGACAAAGUGAUGAUGCGCAAGCAGCAUUCAUGCAAAGAUGGAUGACAAGUCACUGGCAAGAUUCAAGAGCCAUACUAAAGAAGCCAUUAGUACUUGCAGAAUUCGGAAAGUCUAGCAAAGAUCCAGGAUUCAAUCAAAAUGUAAGAGACACAUUCAUGAGUUUAGUAUACAGAAAUGUGUAUAAUUUUGCAAAAGCUGGAGGGACCAUGGGAGGAAGCUUAGUAUGGCAGCUGGUGGCAGAAGGCAUGGACGAUUAUGAUGAUGGUUACUCAAUUGUGUUGGCACAAAAUCCUUCAACUGCAGGGCUAAUUUCAGGUCAAUCUCAUGCCAUGACAACUUUGGCUAAUUUGGUUAACAGCCCUAAUUUGGGUCAGUCAAAUGGACAUCAUCCACUUGGUGUUGGACAUCAUCAUUAAGAAUGGGACAUCAUCGUUUGGUCGAUGAGGUCAUGAAUAUCAUUCAUUCGGUACAAUUUGUUUUUAAGGUAUCUGUUAUUAUUUUUGGAGUAUCCUAUAUCCAGUUUGUAACCCAACUUACAAAUUUGGAAUUUUCACAUUAGCAAAAUU